AUGGCGUUUAGUUCCACUGCCCCAUGGGCAGAAGAUACCUCCGAGAACGCGUUUGGGCCCGUUAGCCAACCAUUGCCAUUUGAACUUUACUAUCACCUUCGAGCAGGCUAUACUGUCAAUCAUUCCUUCGACGUUCCUACUACUGGCAGGACCACCGCGACUACUCCAUCUGUUUCGUUGUCAACGAAAGACGCGAUCCGGACAUGA